AAUAUGUAUUAAUGCACUAGGCUACGCUUCUUUAGGCCAUUUAAAGUCUGUAUUUCUUUAUUUACUGGAUAAUUUGUAAAGUUAGCGCUCGAGGAUGUUGAACGUGCUAGUUGAGAAUGGAUUUAUUUUGAAAAUCUUCUCCGGAUGUCUUGUGUUGUUACCUGCUACCUUGACACCUGUCUGCUCGUCUUUAACGAUGAAAAAGGGCUCCCGAGUCCCACCGGUCACGAGUGAAUCCUCUUCGGGAACAGUGUGGAGUAGCAGCCAGGAUGAUCCCAGUGGGUGAAUUCAAAAACUUUGGCGUAGACCAGAACUCAAAGUAUCGGGUCCUGAAGCCGUGGUGGGAUGUUUUCUCAGAGUACCUGUGCGUUGCUAUGCUUAUGCUUGGAGUCUUUGGGUGCACCUUGCAGCUCACCCAAGACAAGAUUGCGUGCCUGCCCAGCCACUUCACCAGCCCGACGCCUGAAGCGAUAGACUGCAGCUACAUCCGGACCUACAGGGAGAACGUGACUUCGCAGCACACGCUGGUCAGAUCUGCGAAGCCCAUCAUCCAAGAAGUGUCGGGUCGCAAGAACAACCUGGACAUCCACCAGUACGUGUUUGUCAACCACUACUGCUACGAGAGGUUUGUCCACUGGUACGCAAAGUACUUCCCGUACCUCGUUGUGAUCCACACGAUGAUCUUCAUGGUAGCGAGCAGCUUCUGGUUCAAGUUCCCCGGGACGUCUUCCAAAAUUGACAUAUUUGUUACCAUCCUUGGGAAGUGCUUUGAUUCUCCCUGGACCACGAGGGCCCUGAGUGAGGUUUCUGAGGAAAGAGGAGAGGAGAAACUGGUCAAUUGGAGGAAAAACACAAUUUCAAAAGAUUCCACAGAGCGACGAGCAGAUGAUGAGGAGACCGUGGUGCUUCUUCGCUCCUCUUCUGUCAAGUCUAAUCCAGAAAAGAAAACCCAGGAGCCUCAAUCGGCCCCCUCCGUGUUGGAUAAGAAGGAAGGAGAGCAGGCCAAAGCUCUGUUUGAAAAGGUGAAGAAGUUCAGAACUCAUGUAGAGGAAGCAGACAUCUUGUAUGUCAUGUAUGUGCUACAAACAUCCCUGAAAGUCUUCAAGUUCCUGUUAAUCAUUAUCUACACUGCGGUGCUGGUACCGAACAUUGAGAUCGUAGUGCGCUGUUAUGUUCCUCCUGAGCUGACUGGUUUUGAUAUCUAUUGCUGUAACCACAACAAAGCCCAUCUUUUCUCCAAGCUUGCCUACUGCUAUAUCUGCUUUGUGGGUGUGUUUGGGAUUCUCUGCAUAUACACCCUCUACUGGCAGUUUCAUAGACCUCUGAAGGUGUACUCCUUUGAGCAGGUCCGCCUGGAGACGGGCAUUAACGACAUACCGGACGUGAAGAAUGACUUUGCGUUCCUCCUGCACCUUGUGGACCAAUAUGAUGCUCUGUACUCUAAAAGAUUUGCUGUCUUUCUGUCUGAGGUCAGCGAGAGCCAUCUCUAUCAGCUCAACCUCAACCACGAGUGGACUGCCAAAAAGCUGCGAGCCCGCCUCGCCAGGAAUACCAAUAACCGGUUGGAGCUCCACCUGUUAAUGUUGCCGGGGCUUCCCGACACAGUUUUUGAGAUUACUGAAGUGGAAUCGCUCAAACUGGAGCAAGUUAAAAAUGUCACCAUCCCAGCUAGUGUGGCAAAGAUGGAGUCUCUUCAGGAGUUAACGCUGAUCUUCUGCCCUGCAAAGCUCCAGCUGCCUGCUCUGACCCACCUCAAGGCACAUUUAAAGGUCCUGUGUCUAGAUUUUGAAAGUUUAGAAGAGGUUCCUAUGUGGAUGUACACCCUGCAUAGCUUGGAGGAGUUACAUCUGAAUGGUCCUUUAAACAAUGAGGUGUCCAAAAGCGCCACUCUGGACUCCCUUCGAGAGCUUAGAGCUCUGAGAGUCCUCGCGCUCCGCUCCAACCUCACUAAGAUCCCACCCAGCAUAGUGGAUGUUGCAUUGCAGCUGGAGCGGUUGUGCAUCUACAAUGAAGGUGUCAAGAUCCAAGCUUUUAGCAGCCUGAAGAAGUUAACCAACAUAGUCUCGCUGGAGUUAGUGGGCUGCGAGUUGGAGCGCAUCCCAAGUGCUGUCUUCAGCUUGAACAAUCUGCAGGAGUUGGACCUGAAGGAAAACAAACUUUCCACUGUGGAGGAGAUUCUCAGCUUGCAGCACUGCCACCGUUUAGUGACACUUAAACUGUGGCACAACAAAAUCACUUACAUCCCUGAUCAUAUUAGUAAGCUGCACACCCUGGAGACGCUGGACCUUAGCUGGAACAGGCUACGAAAGCUUCCCUCUCGGCUCUUUUAUUGCACCAAGCUCAGGCACCUUGAUGUCUCCCACAACCAGCUCACCUCUCUUCCUCCGGAGGUGGGCAUCCUGCAGGGCCUCCAGUACUUCUCUGCUGCGUUCAACUCUUUAGAGAUGCUGCCAGAUGAGCUUUUCUCCUGUAAAAGGCUAAAGACGUUGGCUCUUGGAAACAACUGCCUGUCGAUGCUUAGCUCCAGAGUGGCCAACCUGGUCCAGCUAGUGCGGCUGGAGAUUAAAGGGAACCGUCUGGAGUCUCUACCUGUUGAGAUAGGGGAAUGUCCCCUGCUAAAUCUGAUAGCGGAGGACAACCUGCUGGAUCUGCUGCCAUCAGAAGUUUCGUACAGCACGAAGAAGUGUUUCCCACAGUGUGGCGGCUCAAGUUGCUCCCUUUCAGACACUAAACAAGUGGAGGGAGGAAAAGCCUUUCAGUGGCAGAAUAAAAGGUAUUCAUCUCUCUGUUUACAUAUUCAGUCAAAUGGAGAGAAGCCUGAAGUAAUACAUGGGAUCACGAAUCAGAAGUCAAGUCAGCAUGACAUUCGGUGUGCAGAAAAUGAUACAAUAAUUAACAAAGAGAAGAUAAAUCCACUGUCUUUAAAAUGUCUUUUGGAUGAGUAAUAUAUGGAGUGUCUGUGGUAAUGGGUGACACAUUGAACAUACAUUCUUCAUUAUUCUUCUCUUAUUCUUGUUACUUCCUCUUUAGAGCCGUUACACUUUUACAGUAAAAUGUUGGGAAUGAUUUCCUUUUAGGCCGUUAGAUUUUGAGAAGUGAGAUGUAAAAUUACCUAAAGAUAUGAUGUUUAUCUGAUUGUACAUUGAGCUCAUUAACCUCUGGUGCAGAUACACUGACUGUACCUUUUGAACACACUAAAACAAGGACAUGAAAUGACUUAAAAGUUGCGAAACUAUUGUAAAGUGCAGUUGCUCUUUUUUUAGGUUUAAGGUGAAGCACACAGUGGGUGUUUAAAUGCUUUGUAUUUGAUUAAUUUUUCUUGGAAAUGCCUUUGUUCAGUCUUUCUCAAAGCAACAAGAGCACAUGUUCUUUCUUCCUACAUUCUUUCUUUCUUUCCUCCAAUGUUUUCUCUGUCUACUUUCAUGACUCUUCAUGACUUUUCAGCCUGAACUGCAGUGCAGUCAUGUCCUGACUAGUUGGCUAGAAAAUGGGAUCCUAUCAGUCAGUUUACGGACACGCCUCAGUAAUACUGGAGCAUACACUGACCUUCCCACGCUACCACAUAACUCCCCAAGGUCUUAAGAAAGAAUUACAUUUAUUUCGUAUUUACAAAAGAGCUGAUAACGUCAUAGUUCUUUGUCAAUCAUUUACCUGUUUCUUUUGCUCUUUAAAGGUCGCAGUCAAGUGUGUUACAACAUUAAACUAAAUAAAUGAGAAUACAUCAAUUUAACAGGCUUAAAUAAUGAAAAACAUGUUAUGUCUCCAAGAUGCUUUAAGUUAUACUAUGACCUGUUAUGACUUUGCUAUGACUGUUAAUUAAAAUGUUAUUGCAUAUUAUACUAACUUUUUUACAGCUUACUAUACUAUGAAUUGUUAUGACAUACUUUACUAUGAAUUGUUAUGACAUACUUUACUACAGUAUUUUAGUGACAUUUUUAGGUCAAUCUGUAUUAUGACUUAUGUUUUCUUUUUUUUACAACAUACUAAACUGACAUUUUUUGUGACCGCUCAAUACAGCUCUUCCACUUUAAGAACAGAUAUAUUUUUCAUAUUUUCUAUUUUAAAUUGAACUAUUUUAUAUCGUAUCUCAAAUCAAGAGUUUUGUAUUAAAACACAAUUUUAAAACCGUGUUAACCUAUCCUUUAACUCCUUUACCCCUUGAUCUGGAGCGGAGGACACAACUAAUUAAUGUUCCUUAAACGAUUAUUAGAAUAUAAAUAUAGUUGCCACUUAAUUGUCUGUCGAUGCAAGCUCUAUAAGAGAGGUUAAUGUGCAUCCUUUUGUAAGAGGGGUCUAAGUUUAAAAAAUAAAAAGAUGUAAACUGUCAUCACUUACAUCUAGAUGGGUGUGUUAAACAGAUCAUUCCUUUGUCAUAUUCUCCCAUCUCUAAAAGGAACUUGAUUCAUAUCCCUGUGUUGUCAUCAUCAUGUAUUCCCACACAUCUGUAUGAGUGUGUGUGUGUGGGGGGUGGGGGG